GUGCCCGGAUGUGAGCAGGUUCGGAGCUCGGGCUCGCCGCUUGCGCAGGGGAAUGGGAAGAGGGCGCGAGCCGCGCUGACCCGGACGCCGCAGCCUGCGCGCGCCUCCGCUCACGCACGCACCCACCCAUCCACCCGCCCCGGCCCCGCGCGCGUGCGCGCCCCCCCCCACCCGUCGCGCGUCUCCGCCCCGCCCCCUCCUCCCCCCGCUCCCGCAGCUGGCAAGCCGGGCGAGGAGGGCGGCUCGCGCUGCCGGCACGUCGCUGACACUCGCGCGAGGUGGCAUGAAACGUCCUGUUCGUAAGCAUAUACAUAAGGAAUGCUCUGGGAACACCUUGAUAAGUUACUUUGGCCUAAACAUCAAUUGCCUCUUGUAAAAACCUAAAUGGCAGCUCAGAAAAGGAAGUCUAUGUUAGUAGAGCCUUCUGCUAAACGUCCAAAGCUGGACAAGAACAACAAACCAUCAUCGGUGAAGAAGGAAAAAGAAGUGUCAGAUACAAAACAUGUCUCAAAUAAAUCAAAGCCUAAUCAGUGUGCAGUGCAGGAGAAAACUGUACUCAAAACCUCUGUCAAAUCAAACAGUGACAACACCAAUGAAUCUGAACUAGGAAUGCGCAUGACUACCAGAUCAUCAGGAUUCAACUCAAAUAAUAAAACAGUACCUGAGCAAAAGGUCCAACAGCAGCCUAAAUCAACAAAAAAUAAGGAGGUAUGCCAGAAAAAAUCUGUGCAAGAAAUUCCUAAGUCAAAAUGUGCAACUGCGCCAAAUGAGCCAGUAACAAGGAGAUCACAGAGACUGCAGCAGUUAACACAUGUACAUGUACCAGCAAGAACCCUGCGCAACAGAGAAGUUAAAGAAGAAAAAGCUUUGGAAGUUAAACAAAGUAGCCAGGCAAAAAGACAUGCUCCAAAUGUUGCAGCAAAAGUACUUAAAUCUGCUGGAGAGAAAAGGGAACAGAAAAAGACAAAAAUAAAGCCAAACAAUACAAAUGAGGAUAAAGAAAUACAUGUAGAAGUCACCAGCUCUCUGAAAGAGAAAAAAUGUAAAGCAGACAAUAAAAAUGAUAAUUCCAACAGCUUUCAACACAACCUUCAAGGGUCAUCAUUAUGUCAUCAGAGGAUUGAGGAAGUUAAGGCAGACAAAAUGGGCCCUGUAUCUCCUAUCCCUAGCAACACAAAGAAAGUGGAAACAGACUCUCUUAAGUCAAAUUCUAAGACAGUAACUAAGGAAAAGCAACAAAUGCAGCAGAACAUAAAAAACAGUGCAAAACCACAAAAGAUUUCACAGCCAUCUGUAAGUGAAACAAAUGUGACUGAUCAACCAGAAAAUGAUGCGAAAUCCAAAAGGGUAAGCAUCCUUGAACUUUGUGAAGAAAUCGCAGGUGAGAUUGAGUCAGAUACAGUAGAGGUGAAAAAAGAUUCCCCUAAUGCUGAGUAUAGAAAAACAGAAGAAAAGCAUGCCAACGUACAGCUUCAACAAAGUGAAAUGCUUACUCAGAAAGAACCUAGUCAAAGUACUCAAUGCAAACGUUUUUUCCCUAGCAAAAAAGGAAUGCCUGUCAAAUGCACUCUAAAUGGUAGAAAUAACUCUUCAAACAAAAACUCUAAAUGGACCAAAAUUAAAUUACUGAAGGCUAGUAACAUGAAGCAAAGUAACUUAAAUUCUGCAAAUGCCCCCAAACUUCCUUUGUUAAAAGAUUACUCUGAAGUUUCAGAGGCAAGUCAAAUAGCUACAGAAGCAGAGCCUCCGAAGGCACAAGGCAAGCUGUCAAUAACAAGACUCUCUGAGAAUGAAAGUGCAGUUUGUGUGCAGGAGAAAUCAGAUCCUUCAUCUGAAAGAGCUGGAGCUAAAGAAGUGACAUUAGAAAUAAAACAGCCCACAAAGAGAGGUGCAGAAAAUGGUUUGUUGCGUAAUUUGACAAAACAUUUAUGUGAGCCAAGACCAGAUGAGAACUUUCGAUUACAUUUGGAAUCAAGUCCAGAAAGUUCUCCAGUAAAAUAUGUUACAGCCCCUAAACCACCAAAACAAUUAAAAAAAGAACCUGGAGAAAGUGAACCUCAAGAUUUGGCUCCCAAGCAGUUGAUGCAAACUUCAUUUACAAAUCAAACUUCUGAAACUGAGAACAGGGUUCCACUGUCAAAUCCUUCAUUAGCAUCAAAAUGCAGUAACUUCCUACCAUCCGAGGAACAUAUUCAGAAGCUAAAAGAAGCAGGAAAAGAUGGUGAUAAGCAGCUGAUCAUAGAUGCAGGACAGAAGAGAUUUGGUGCUAUUUCCUGUAAUAUUUGUGGAAUGCUUUACACUGCAUCAAAUCCAGAGGAUGAAACCCAACAUCUGCUCUUUCAUAACCAGUUCAUAAGUGCUGUAAAAUAUGUGGGUUGGAAAAAGGAGAGAAUUUUGGCUGAAUAUCCUGAUGGAAAGAUAAUAAUGGUUCUUCCUGAUGACCCAAAGUAUGCACUUAAAAAGGUUGAAGAAAUUAGAGAAAUGGUAGACAAUGACUUGGGAUUUCAGCAAGCUCCGCUCAUGUGUUACUCUAGAACUAAAACUCUUCUUUUUAUUUCUAACGACAAAAAAGUUAUCGGCUGUUUAAUUGCAGAACAUAUCCAAUGGGGCUACAGAGUUAUAGAAGAGAAGGUUCCAGAAGUCAGUUCAGAAAACGAGAAAGUCAUAUUUGAAAGACAGAAAGCAUGGUGCUGUUCAACUUCUCCGGAACCUGCUAUAUGUGGGAUUAGUCGAAUAUGGGUAUUCAGCAUGAUGCGUCGAAAGAAGAUUGCUUCUCGGAUGAUAGAGUGUCUUAGGAGCAACUUCAUAUAUGGCUCAUACUUAAGUAAAGAAGAAAUCGCUUUCUCUGACCCCACUCCUGAUGGAAAACUCUUUGCAACGCAGUACUGUGGCACCGGCCAGUUCCUGGUAUACAACUUCCUCAAUGGACAGCACCAGACUUAACUGCUCCCGAAGGAAUUCCUUUUUUAUUGGGAGACUUCUGCCAAAAUGCACUGAGUGGGUGCAGACCUUCAGCAGAAGCCAGGGCCAUUUUUAUUACAGUGAACUCAGGACUGGUAACAACCAAAAGGUUGUACUAUUUUAUUAAAAUUGUAAACAAUGCAGUAAUAGGCUAACUUUGUUUUUUUAAAAGAAAGAUAUUUUAUUAACUUUUACAAAAGUUUGAUUGUAUUUUAUCUAGUUAGUCAUGUUUACAUGCAGCAGAAAACUGUUCAUAGUGGACUGUAAGCUAAUGCAAAGACUCUCUCUCACUGAUGAGUACGUGCUGAAGUUCUUAACGUGGUGAUAUACCAGUGCUUCCCGGUACUGUAACACUGUUCUCUGACCACCAGUUCUAGCAGCUGGGUGAGGCCCUUAAUGGUUGUUUGCUCCACAGCAGUCAAGGCUACGCUCAACUGCAUCCGGGCAAGAAGCUUACGGUGCAGCCAGGGUGGGUAACAAGCCUCACAGACCGUGUGGUGGCUCUGCGGGUGCGCUGCUAGGUGUAAGGGAGCCUACUAGAUGUCGGAAAGUUGUUCUACUCCCUGCCCGUGCCUCCUGCAGAUUAGUUGUAGAGUAAGAGGUGGAAUGCAAACCCUGAGGGCCAGCGUACUCGUCAGUUUUCUUCAAGUACUGUACUGGAUAUAUACCUUUGUUAGUGGACUUCACUUUGCUACUUGUCACUCCUUCAUAAAUCUCUCCUCUUUUAAAGGGUUUGUAUGUUGAAAAACUGCUGUGGCCUUUCUUGAUCUGUACAUAAUGUAGAUAGAUUAAAAAUAAAAGACUUGAUAGCUUUUUUUAAAGUUA